AUGCACCUCACAGGUGUGGCGUAUCGAGAUGCUGAUUGGACAGUGAAGGAGGAGUGCGUGUCAGAAGAGGAGGAGGAGGUGAAGGAUACGCUGGUGGAGGAGAUCCUCCAGCAGGGCGACACGGCCAUCAUCUAUCCCGAAGCACCUGAAGACGAGCAGAGUCCAGCAGAGACGGGAAACGCUGAUGAAAACGGAACACCUGACUCCUUCUCCCAGUUGCACACGUGCCCGUACUGCUCCCGGGGCUACAAACGCAACGCCUCGCUGAAGGAGCACAUUAAGUAUCGCCACGAGACCAGCGAGGACAACUACAGCUGCUCACACUGCAGCUACACCUUCACGUACCGCUCGCAGCUGGAGAGGCACAUGAGCCACCACCGGGGCAGCAGGGAGCAGCGUCACAUUUCCCAGUCAACCGCAGGAUCGGGAGGAACAGGUGGAACCCGCAAGUUCAAGUGUACCGAAUGUUCCAAGGCCUUCAAAUACAAACACCAUCUGAAGGAGCACCUGCGUAUCCACAGCGGUGAGAAACCUUACGAGUGCUCAAACUGCAAGAAGCGAUUCUCCCACUCGGGCUCGUACAGCUCCCAUAUCAGUAGCAAGAAGUGUGUGGGGGUGACGCCCCCCAACGGAGUGACUGUAACAGCCAUCAAGCCCUCAUCUCCAACCACACAAACUAAACCUGUUGCAAUAGCUCCUGCCCGGAUGAUUCUUAAAGAAAAGACUGAAAGCAAGCCCCUCCAGGAGCAGCUGCCCGUCACCCAGAUCAAAUCAGAACCUGUGGAAUACGAGUGUAAGCCUGUGAUGGCCACACCAGCUGCUUCAGCUGAUAGUAAAGAAGUUGUGAACGGAGGGGCAGCGCCGCCGGCUGCGGCCCCGGCCCUGCCUCAGGGUGUGGCUAUGGUCGUACCAACAGUCGGCCUGAUGUCACCAGUCAGCAUCAACCUGAACGACUUGCAAAGCGUGCUCAAAGUGGCGAUGGACGGGAACAUCCUCAGGCAGGUGCUGGGUUCAGCCAAUGGGGUGGUGGCACAGGGGAAGCAGGGAAUUGUGGUCCAGCAGCCGCAGCAACAAAUUCUCAGUCUGCCCGCCUUUGUGGACCACGACGGCACUACAAAAAUAAUCAUCAACUACAGCAUCAGCCCUUCAGCCUCCAACGCUGCCACCACCCUGCCUACACCUCUUAUUAUCAAAAACAGCCCGACUACAGCUCUUAAAGUCAUGACGACCGCUGCUGCACCCCCCACCCCCACUAAAACAGAUAUGCCCCCAAUACCUGAGGCAACCGACCUCUCUGUCAAGAAAGAGAAGGAAGCAGAGCCUGUUAAAGACAAGGCGAUGGAGGCAGCACUAGCAUCUGCUGAAAUAUCAGAGUCAGCCCAGACACCCAAACCCAGCAGCUCCGGUACCUGUUUGUUAUGUGACGAGUGUCCGGACGACCUGGAGACGCUGCACCUCCAGCAUCACAAACUAGCUAACGGUGAGGUGGGGGACUCUGCGGCUCUGGAUCCAUCAUUCGCCGAUUUGCUGAGCGAAGCAGGGGUGACGCUGGAGGAGCCGCCUGCAGACGACCUCCUGUCCCUGCUCAAGACCUACUUUGCCUCCAAUGCCAAUCCCAGCGAAGAGGAGAUGACGAAGAUCUCAGAGUCGGUCAGUAUUCCAGUGGAAGUGGUUAGUAAGUGGUUUGCCAAGAUGAACACUGGGGAAAAGGAUGAUAAAUGCCACAGUGAGGAUGUAGACGCUUCUGAAAAGACUGAAGUUACAAAUUCCAGCUCGGAAGACUCGUUGCAUCCCACUGAAGAAGAAGAAGAUGAUGAAGAAGGCACCACCCAAGAGGAAGCCAUCAACUCUGUAUCUGGCAGAGCCUCCCCAACAGACUCAGCAUCACUCAGUCUCACCAACGAGGAUCUUGUUAUCGUUAAAAGUGAGCCUGAAGACCCAGAGGCUAUAGACUCCCAGGCAGAACCCUUGGACCUUUCUCUCCCCAAACAAAACCCGGCACCAUCAGAAAACAAACCCGCCCCACCCACCAAACAGCAGGAGCGUCCUCUGAACCUGACCUGCCUGAGGAAGGAACAGGUCGGGGGUCGAACCAUCUACGUGACCACGCCUCAGGCUGGAAACCCCGUCAACAUCGUCUCUGCCACACAGUUGCCCACUCUAGUGGCCAUUGCUGGUCAGGGUACAGUGGGCUGCCUCAGUGCCAUUAACACCACCACCAAGCGCACCAUCCUCAUCCCCCAACUCACCUACACCUACGCCACUACAGCCAGCAACACCACUGGGGCCAAGACGGUUGUACUGAACGGCCAUAAGCAAGAGAAACGUUCAGAGAGCAGCACUGACAGCAACCUGACUGCAGAGGAGCAGGAGUCGAAGAGGCGGCGGAUGGAAAUCGGAGUCUAUCCCUGUGAUUUGUGCUCCAAGGUCUUCCAAAAGGGCAGCUCGCUGCUCAGACACAAAUAUGAACACACAGGAAAGCGGCCCCAUGAAUGCACCAUCUGCAACAAGGCUUUCAAACACAAACACCACCUGAUCGAACACUCGAGGCUGCACUCCGGUGAGAAACCCUACCAGUGUGACAAGUGCGGGAAGCGUUUCUCUCACUCGGGCUCCUACUCCCAGCACAUGAACCACCGCUACUCCUACUGCAAGAAGGACGGGUCCAACCCGGGCUCCGCUGUGGGACCACGCAGGGUCCUGCUUGAGCUGGGCAGUCCCGGCGUUGGCCCCCAGUCAGACAGCCGGACCACCACCCCCCCUUCUCAAAUGGACUCAGACGAGAGGGACAGCGAGGAAGAGAUAGACGAGGACGAGGAGGCCAUGUGCAUGGACGACAUCCGGGUGGUGCAGGUGGACGACGGCGAGUGCGAGAUCUACGAAGGCAACUUUGAUGACGAGGACGAAGAGGAGGAGGUUUUGGCAGAUGAAGAAACUCAACACGUGAGCGCACAAGCGGAGUUCGCUUGCGAUGUGGUAGAGGUUGAGUUGGGGGAUAAUCACAUGGACGGCAGCACGUCGGAGAGAAAACACGACGAAAAGGAGAAAGCAGCGGAGAAAAUGGCAGACUGUGAAGCAGAUACGGACGACGACGUCAGGGAGGGUUCCGACAGCGCCCGACCAUCGCAGGAAGCGGUGACAAACAAAUGAAGGAAGCAACGUUUUGUAUUUGUUGGCCAUCAAAACUUUUUUUUAAAAAGACAAAACCGCUUCAGAAGCAAGUAU